UGGAAAAGCCCCAUCCUGUGUUACUGUUCCUACUUCCCAGAAGAGAGAAGAGAGAAGGAGAAAGGUGAGAAAAGAAGAGGAGGAGGAGGAAGAGACGGCGGCGGACAGACAGACAGACAGGCAGACAGGCAGCAACCAAGCCAAUAAACGAUGGCUUCAGUGAUGAACAAGCCCUUGACUUCUCUCUACAGCUCCUCCCACUCAGACCCAUCGAUGUCCUCUGAUGCUCGUCUUUCGAGGCGAUGUCGGGUUGGGUUCAGUUCCCCGACUCUCAGAAAACCACGUAGGCUAUCCUCUUCGAUUAUCUGCAAGGCAGUGUCCAUGCAGCCCAAAACCCACAUUGAAGCCCUUAACAUUGCCGAGGAUGUGACCCAGCUAAUCGGUAACACGCCAAUGGUGUACCUAAACAAUAUUGUGAAGGGGUCUCUGGCAAAUAUAGCUGCCAAGCUCGAGACCAUGGAACCUUGUUGCAGUGUCAAAGACAGAAUAGGAUACAGUAUGAUAGCUGAUGCAGAGCAAAAGGGGCUUAUAAAACCAGGAAAGAGCAUUCUAGUGGAACCCACAAGUGGAAACACGGGGAUCGGUCUUGCAUUUAUUGCGGCUUCAAAGGGAUAUAAACUCAUCUUAACAAUGCCUGCAUCAAUGAGUCUAGAGAGACGGGUCAUCCUGAAAGCAUUUGGAGCAGACAUCGUGUUAACUGAUUCCGCAAAAGGAAUGAAAGGUGCAGUGCAGAAGGCUGAAGAAAUUUUAAGCAAUACACCCAAUGCUUACUUGCUUCAACAAUUUGAUAACCCUGCAAACCCAAAGAUUCAUUAUGAGACAACGGGUCCAGAAAUCUGGGACGAUACAAGAGGGAAGGUAGACAUUUUGGUUGCAGGGAUUGGAACUGGCGGAACAAUAUCUGGGACCGGUCGAUUCCUUAAGAACCAGAAUCCUGACGUAAAGGUCAUUGGUGUUGAACCGUUAGAAAGCAACAUACUUUCUGGUGGUAAACCUGGUUUCAUACCGAAGAAUUUGGAUCAAGAAGUUAUUGAUGAAGUCAUUGAGAUAUCAAGUGAUGAAUCUGUGGAAAUGGCAAAACAGCUGGCUCUCCAAGAAGGCUUGCUGGUUGGCAUAUCCUCUGGAGCUGCAGCAGCAGCUGCUCUCAUAGUUGGGAAGAGACCCGAGAAUGCAGGAAAGCUCAUUGCGGUUAUUUUUCCGAGUUCUGGCGAGCGAUACUUAUCCACCAUUCUUUUCCAGUCAAUAAGAGAAGAGUGCGAGAAACUGCAACCUAAAGCAUGAUGAACAAAACAAAGGGCAACGAGUGACCGAACGAGCUUAAGUUGUCGAAUUUUGAGGCUUAGCUUUAUGGAAACAUCGUUUAUUUGUUUUGUUUUGUUUCUUUUAUACAUGUGAUCUAGAGAUUGUGAUUAUUACAGGUAAAGAAAAUUCCCCUGAAUGAAGUAUUUAUUACAUGUGAACUUCUAUCCAA